UGCUGGGCACGCGAUUGGUGAGGACGCGGGCAACGGCCUAGGCCUUGUAGGCCUAGGAUUGGCGGGAGCGGACGCGCGAGGAAAAGUCGGCAAGGACGAGGCGCGCAGCGAGCGCGCGAGUAUUGGUAACGCGGGCGCACACCUAUGCGCGGGAGGCAUAGGCGAGAACGGCACGCACGCGCGCGAGGAGUCUGGGCGCGAGUCAAAAAAAAAAAAACAAAAACAAAAACAAAUCAUGUUGUUCGAGCCAUUAGUUGAGUGGGAUCAAGAGGAUCUCGAAUAUCUCGAAAAUUUGGAAAGGGAAUUAACCCCUUGGGAACAAGAUUAUUUGGAAGAGUUGUAUGAGCAAAAGGAGAAGUACGGGCGUCAACUCAUGGAAGCCCGAGAAGCAAUGGUGAUCGAUGCUCAUGACCACGAAGAGGAAGGUGCGCUUAAUUUCUUAAUCCUUGAGGACAAGGAAAGUCUCGAAGAGGAGGGGAAUGAUACGGAAGUGGUCAUCAACCCAGGCGAGUCGGAGGAUGAGGGUGGCGAUGGUCUUGAUAUUUGGUUGGAAAAUAUGUUGGAGGAGCAAUCUAGUCCUAUUUACCGGCCAUCAUGUGUGAGGGAUUGGCCAAAAGGUUGUGGCCCAAAGCUGAAGUCAAAGGUAAGGAAACGGACGGCCAAGAGGCAACGCAAGGCAAGGGCUCGAAAAGCAAGUCAAUGUAGGUGCUUGCCUUGUGCAAAGAAAAGACGAGCUCAAAGGAAGGAGGCUAAAAGGCGUGGUUUGCGAUGGGUUAAAAAUGGAUGGCGGAUACCGGUGGACGAUUGUGAGAGGUUGAAGGGUUGGGACCCAUGGCCCGAACCAACGGUGACGAUCGUCGACGAGAAGGGCGACGGCGAGCGGCUAAUAGACGAAUGGCGCGCAUCGGCCCAUGAUGCACGCGGUACUAUGUCAGGGAUGACCAUGCUUAAUAAUGUUCCUGUGUUUGCUUUAUUCGAUACUGGAGCAACGCAUUCGUUUAUUUCACGACGAUGUCUUGAUUCCAUCGGAUUUCAUGCCAUCACCGCUGUCGAUCCUCUCGAGGUGAGUUUAGCCUCGGGACGAAAGAUAGUGACCUCAGCUAAAGCUUCAGAUCUCAGCCUUUCCAUCUGUGGUCGUUUAUUGUCUACCAACGCGUAUGUUCUCGAGAUGAGGGACUUUGACCUCAUUCUUGGAAUAGAUUGGCUAUCCUUUUAUCAUGCAGAUAUUCGAUGUCAUGACCGGGAGAUUACUCUUUAUCUUCCGGGAGACGAUUCAAUUACCUUCUUUGGCACCAGGAAUCGUUCAUUACCUCAUGUCGUUUCGAUGGCGAAAGCCACCAAGAUGCUUCGACGAGGCAACUGCCAGGGUUAUCUGGAAUUUGAGGGAGUAUUGGGCGAACCUAAGGGACUACCUCCACACUGGGAGUUCGAUCAUCGCAUACCUCUGAUCAACGAACAACAUGCCAUACACGUUCAUCCCUAUAGGUACGCUAACUUUCAGAAAACCGAGAUCGAACGGCAAGUGGCCGAGAUGCUUGAAUCUGGACUAAUCCAGCAUAGCAAGAGUCCGUUUUCUUCUCCAGUCCUGUUAGCCAAAAAGAAAGACGGCACGUGGAGGUUCUGUACUGAUUACCGAGCUCUAAACGCUGCAACCAUCAAGGACCGAUUUCCUAUCCCAAGUGUUGAUGACAUGAUUGAUGAGUUAGCCGGGUCACGCUAUUUCUCUAAACUCGAUCUAAGAGCUGGUUACCAUCAGAUUCGACUCCACAAAGCCGACAUUCCAAAGGCAGCCUUUCGUACACACCAGGGGCACUAUGAGUAUCUU